AGCGGCAGUAAGGGGACAAUAAGCAUGAUGAUUUCUUCUGACCCAGUGUGUGCUGGAGAAGAUUGCCAGGGAAGCAGUAUCUUCUGGGAGAGAUCCAAGUGUCUGUGUAAAGAAGAUGGCAAGAUGGCAAGAGGAAAAAGUCAAAGAUGAAGGGCAGUUUGUUAAAACUUGUCUAGUUGGAGAUUCUGGUGAUUCUUAUAAACUGGCCAAGAUGAAUAUGGUGAAGAGGAUUAUGGGCCGGCCUCGCCAGGAAGAGUGCAGCCCACAGGAUAAUGCGUUAGGACUGAUGCACCUUCGGCGCCUCUUUACUGAACUCUGCCAUCCUCCUCGGCAUAUGACUCAGAAAGAACAAGAAGAAAAACUUUAUAUGAUGUUACCUGUGUUUAAUAGGGUUUUUGGAAAUGCUCCACCAAAUACAAUGACAGAAAAAUUUUCUGAUCUUCUACAGUUUACAACACAAGUUUCACGUCUAAUGGUGACUGAAAUUCGAAGGCGAGCAUCAAAUAAAUCCACAGAGGCGGCAAGUCGUGCCAUAGUCCAGUUCCUGGAAAUCAACCAGAGUGAAGAAGCCAGCAGAGGUUGGAUGCUUCUGACGACCAUUAAUUUGUUAGCGUCCUCUGGGCAGAAAACUGUAGACUGCAUGACCACUAUGUCAGUGCCUUCCACGCUGGUUAAAUGUCUCUAUCUAUUUUUUGACCUCCCACAUGUGCCUGAGGUAGUUGGAGGCGCACAGAAUGAGCUACCUCUGGCUGAGCGCCGAGGCCUUCUCCAGAAAGUCUUUGUCCAGAUAUUGGUGAAACUCUGCAGUUUUGUGUCCCCAGCAGAAGAGCUGGCUCAGAAGGAUGAUCUCCAGCUUUUAUUCAGUGCAAUAACCUCCUGGUGCCCUCCCUAUAACUUGCCUUGGAGGAAGAGUGCUGGGGAAGUUCUCAUGACCAUAUCGCGUCAUGGGCUUAGCGUCAAUGUAGUAAAGUAUAUUCAUGAAAAAGAAUGUUUGUCAACAUGUGUUCAGAAUAUGCAGCAGUCAGAUGAUCUUUCUCCCUUAGAGAUCGUUGAAAUGUUUGCUGGGCUUUCUUGCUUUCUCAAAGAUUCCAGUGAUGUUUCUCAAACACUGCUUGAUGACUUUAGGAUAUGGCAAGGAUAUAACUUUCUCUGUGAUCUCUUGCUCAGAUUGGAACAAGCAAAAGAGGCAGAAUCCAAGGAUGCUUUGAAAGAUCUAGUUAAUUUGAUCACUUCUCUAACAACAUAUGGUGUCAGUGAACUAAAAGCAGCUGGUAUUACCACAGGGGCACCAUUUUUAUUGCCUGGAUUUGCAGUUCCCCAGCCUGCAGGAAAAGGUCACAGUGUGAGAAACAUCCAAGCGUUUGCUGUCCUACAGAAUGCAUUUUUAAAAGCAAAAACAAGCUAUCUUCCCCAAAUCAUCCUUGAUGCCAUCACAAAUAUCUACAUAGCUGACAAUGCAAACUAUUUUAUCUUGGAGCCGCAGCACACGUUGUCCCAGUUUGCAGAGAAGAUUUCUAGGCUUCCAGAAGUGCAGACCAAAUACUUUGAGAUGCUAGAGUUUGUCGUUUUCAGUUUAAAUUAUAUCCCUUGUAAAGAGCUUAUCAGUGUCAGCAUUCUCUUAAAAUCCAGCUCUUCUUACCAAUGUAGCAUCAUUGCCACAAAAACUCUUCUUAAGUUCACACGACAUGACUACAUAUUUAAGGAUGUGUUCAGGGAGGUGGGCCUUCUGGAGGUAAUGGUAAACCUCUUGCAUAAAUAUGCUGCCUUCUUGAAGGACCCUCAGACUCUGAAUGAGCAAGGGGAUUCAAAAAACAAUAGCUCUGUGGAAGACCAGAAGCAACUUGCUUUGCUGGUUAUGGAGACCUUGACAAUUCUACUUCAAGGAUCAAACACAAACGCAGGGAUCUUCCGGGAAUUUGGAGGUGCGAGGUGUGCCCACAAUAUUGUCAAGUAUCCUCAGUGCAGACAGCAUGCCCUGAUGAUCAUUCAGCAACUGGUGCUCUCUCCUAGUGGGGAUGAUGAUAUGGGUACUCUCUUAGGGUUGAUGCAUUCUGCUCCACCCACUGAAUUACAACUGAAAACUGACAUUUUAAGGGCUCUCCUCUCAGUUUUACGAGAGAGUCAUCGCACAAGAACAGUUUUUAGGAAAGUUGGAGGAUUUGUCUACAUUACAUCUUUGCUCGUUGCCAUGGAAAGAUCUUUGAGCUGUCCGCCCAAGAAUGGCUGGGAGAAAGUGAAUCAGAAUCAAGUCUUUGAACUUCUCCACACUGUUUUCUGCACAUUGACUGCAGCAAUGCGUUAUGAACCAGCUAAUUCUCAUUUCUUCAAAACAGAGAUCCAGUAUGAGAAACUGGCAGAUGCUGUCCGAUUUCUUGGUUGCUUUUCAGACUUAAGGAAGAUAAGCCCCUUAAAUGUUUUCCCCUCAAAUACCCAACCAUUCCAGCGACUCUUGGAAGAUGACUUAACAUCCAUAGACUCUGUCUCGCCCACAUUACGGCACUGCAGUAAACUCUUUAUUUACCUCUACAAAGUAGCCACAGAUUCCUUCGACAGUCAUGCAGAACAGAUCCCUCCUUGCCUGACAAAUGAGUCUUCUCUCCCCUCUCCUUGGGGUACGCCAGCUGUGUCCAGGAAAAGGCAUGCAUAUCAUUCUGUUUCAACACCCUCUGGGCACCCUUCCAAAAGUGUUGCUGAUGUGAAACAACAGCCAGCAGCGUCAUCUCUCCAGAGUUCUGACGCCGUUGUCAUCCAUCCUGGAGCCAUGCUUGCCAUGCUGGACCUCUUAUCCUCUGUUGGCUCAACGUCGCAGCCAGAACAUGCUCUAGACCUUCAGCUUGCCGUGGCAAAUAUUCUGCAAUCCCUGGUGCAUACGGAGAGAAACCAACAAGUGAUGUGUGAAGCAGGGCUCCACGCACGUCUCUUACAAAGAUGCAGUGCUGCACUGGCUGAUGAAGACCACUCCCUGCACCCGCCCCUCCAGAGAAUGUUUGAAAGGCUCGCUUCUCAGGCACUGGAGCCUAUCGUGCUGAGGGAAUUUUUACGUUUGGCAAAUCCUUUAAAUUGUGGUGCCUGGGAUAAAAAACUUUUAAAACAGUAUCGCAUCCAUAAACCCAGUUCAUUAAGUUAUGAACCAGAGAUGAGAGGUAGUAUGGUCACAUCUGUAGAAGGACUGGGUUCUGAUAAUGUUUUUAGUUUACAUGAAGAUAACCACUAUCGGAUAAGCAAGAGUUUGGUAAAAUCUGCAGAAGGAAGCACCGUACCCUUGACUAGGGUAAAGUGUUUAGUCUCAAUGACAACCCCACAUGAUAUCAGGCUGCAUGGAUCAUCAGUUACUCCUGCUUUUGUUGAAUUUGACACAUCACUGGAAGGAUUUGGUUGCCUGUUCCUGCCCAGUUUGGCACCUCAUAAUGCACCUACAAAUAAUGCUGCUACAACAGGUCUUACUGAUGGUACUGUAAUCAGUGGAAUUGGAACUGGUGAAAGAUUCUUCCCUCCUCCAUCUGGAUUAAGUUACUCAAGCUGGUUUUGUAUUGAACAUUUUAGUUCAUCUCCAAAUAACCACCCAGUCAGACUUUUGACCCUCGUGCGGCGAGCAAAUUCUUCUGAGCAACAUUAUGUGUGCCUUGCCAUAGUACUAUCAGCAAAAGACCGGUCCCUCAUUGUUUCUACUAAAGAGGAACUACUCCAGAAUUAUGUUGAUGACUUCAGUGAAGAAUCCUCAUUUUAUGAAAUUCUUCCUUGCUGUGCCCGCUUUCGCUGUGGAGAGCUCAUAGUUGAGGGACAGUGGCAUCAUCUUGUCCUAGUAAUGAGUAAAGGCAUGUUGAAAAACAGUACUGCUGCCCUCUAUCUUGAUGGGCAACUUGUCAAUACAGUGAAGCUUCAUUAUGUUCACAGUACUCCAGGGGGUUCAGGUUCUGCAAAUCCACCUGUUGUCAGCACAGUGUAUGCCUAUAUUGGCACACCACCUGCUCAACGGCAGCUUGCUUCAUUAGUAUGGCGCCUGGGACCCACACAUUUCUUAGAAGAAGUUUUGCCUAUUUCAAGUGUUAAUAUCAUUUAUGAACUAGGACCAAACUAUGUUGGAAGCUUUCAGGCUGUACAUGUCCCAUGUAAAGAUUCCAAAUCUGAAAGUGGCAUCCCAUCCCCUGUGUCAUUAGUACCAGAAGAAAAAGUGUCAUUUGGUCUCUAUGCUGUCUCAGUGUCUUCACUCACAGUGGCAAGGAUAAGGAAAGUUUACAACAAGUUAGAUAGUAAAGCCAUUGCUAAGCAGUUAGCCAUUUCCUCCCAUGAGAAUGCCACCCCUGUGAAGUUGUUACAUAACUCAGCCGGGCAUCUGAACGGGCCGGCACGCACUGUUGGUGCUGCACUCAUUGGCUACUUAGGAGUAAGAACAUUUGUACCCAAGCCUGUCGCCACAACUUUACAGUACAUUGGUGGAGCUGCUGCCAUUCUGGGGCUAGUGGCCAUGGCGUCAGAUGUGGAAGGGUUGUAUGCUGCUGUAAAGGCCCUGGUUUGUGUAGUAAAGAGCAACCCACUAGCCAGCAAAGAAAUGGAAAGAAUCAAGGGUUAUCAGUUGUUGGCGAUGCUGCUGAAAAAGAAACGGUCACUCCUUAAUAGCCACAUUCUCCAUCUGACUUUCUCUUUGGUGGGAACUGUUGAUAGCGGACACGAGACAUCCAUCAUUCCAAACUCAACUGCCUUCCAGGAUUUGCUUUGUGAUUUUGAAGUCUGGCUUCAUGCACCAUAUGAGUUACAUCUUUCUUUAUUUGAACACUUCAUUGAACUACUCACAGAGUCCAGUGAAGCCUCAAAGAAUGCUAAAUUAAUGAGGGAAUUUCAAUUAAUCCCAAAGCUGCUACUUACACUUCGAGAUAUGUCUUUGUCCCAACCCACGAUUGUUGCUAUUAGUAACGUGCUGAGCUACUUACUCCAAGGCUUCCCCAGCAGCAAUGACUUACUCAGGUUUGGCCAGUUCAUUGCUUCCACUUUGCCAACAUUUGCUGUCUGUGAGAAAUUUGUAGUCAUGGAAAUAAACAAUGAAGAAAAGCUGGACACAGGAACUGAGGAAGAUUUUGGAGGUCUUGUAUCUGCUAAUCUGAUCCUUUUGAGAAAUAGACUGUUAGAUAUUCUACUCAAACUAGUCUACUCAUCAAAGGAAAAGACAAGCAUUAAUAUACAAGCUUGUGAAGACCUGGUCAGGACACUGGGCUUUGACUGGCUCCUGAUGUUUACCGAGGAACAUUUGCACUCAACUACAGUGACUGCAGCCACGAGGAUUCUGGUUGUCUUGCUGAGUAACCAGUCUGUUCUCAUCAAGUUUAAAGAAGGACUCAGUGGCGGAGGCUGGCUUGAGCAGACAGAUUCUGUCUUGACCAAUAAAAUUGGCACUGUGCUAGGAUUCAACGUGGGCAGAAGUGCUGGUGGCCGAUCAGCUAUCAGGGAGAUUAACCGGGAUGCUUGUCAUUUUCCUGGUUUUCCAGUUCUUCAGUCAUUUCUCCCUAAGCACACGAAUGUCCCUGCCCUUUAUUUCCUCCUCAUGGCCCUCUUUCUGCAGCAGCCAGUCGCCGAGCUGCCCGAAAACCUGCAGGUCAGUGUACCUGUCAUCAGCAGCCGAUGUAAUCAGGGUUGCCAGUUUGAUUUGGAUUCCAUAUGGACAUUUAUCUUUGGAGUUCCUGCCUCUAGUGGAACCGUGGUCUCUUCAAUCCAUAAUGUUUGCACAGAAGCUGCUUUUUUGUUGUUGGGAAUGCUUCGCAGCAUGCUCAAUUCACCUUGGCAAUCAGAAGAAGAAGGAUCUUGGCUCAGAGAAUAUCCUGUUACCUUGAUGCAGUUUUUUAGAUACUUAUAUCACAAUGUUCCAGACCUCAGUUCAAUGUGGAUGAGCCCAGAGUUUCUGUGUGCAUUAGCAGCUACUGUCUUCCCCUUCAACAUCCGACCGUACUCUGAGAUGGUCACUGAUCUUGAUGAUGAAGUUGGGUCUCCGGCAGAAGAGUUCAAAGCCUUUGCAGUUGACACGGGAAUGAACAGAAGCCAAUCUGAGUACUGCAAUGUCGGCUCCAAAACCUACUUGACCAACCACCCAGCAAAAAAGUUUGUUUUUGAUUUCAUGAGAGUCUUGAUUAUAGACAAUCUCUGUCUCACACCUGCCAGCAAGCAGACUCCACUGAUUGACCUGCUGUUGGAGGCUUCUCCUGAAAGGUCUACAAGAACUCAGCAAAAAGAAUUUCAGACUUAUGUUUUAGAUAGUGUCAUGGACCACUUGCUUGCAGCUGAUGUUUUAUUGGGGGAAGAUGCAUCUCUGCCCAUCACCAGUGGAGGAAGUUACCAAGUGCUAGUGAACAAUGUAUUUUAUUUCACCCAGCGUGUGGUAGACAAGCUUUGGCAGGGAAUGUUCAAUAAGGAAUCUAAACUCCUUAUCGAUUUUAUUAUUCAACUAAUUGCACAGUCAAAACGAAGAUCGCAAGGGUUGUCACUGGAUGCCGUUUACCACUGCCUAAAUAGGACCAUCUUGUACCAGUUUUCAAGGGCACACAAAACAGUCCCACAGCAAGUUGCUCUCCUCGAUUCUCUUAGGGUCCUUACUGUGAACAGAAACUUAAUCCUAGGACCAGGAAACCAUGACCAAGAGUUCAUUAGCUGUCUGGCUCAUUGCUUGAUUAAUCUGCAUGUUGGAAGCCACGUGGAUGGGUUUGGACUGGAAGCAGAGGCCCGCAUGACGACCUGGCACAUCAUGAUCCCCUCCGACAUAGACUCAGACGGCAGCUGCAGUCAGGAUGUCAGUGAAGGUCGUCAGCUUCUCAUAAAAGCUGUCAACAGAGUCUGGACCGAAUUGAUACACAGUAAGAAACAAGUUCUGGAAGAACUGUUCAAGGUGACCCUGCCUGUCAAUGACCGGGGCCUGGUGGAUAUCGCCGCUGCAAGGCCUCUGAUCGAAGAAACGGGUCUAAAGUGCUGGCAGAACCACUUGGCCCAUGAAAAGAAGUGCAUCAGUCGAGGAGAAGCUCUCUUGCCAAGCACACAGUCCAAACUGUCUCGAGUCAGCAGUGGUUUUGGCCUCUCAAAGUUGACAGGAUCCAGAAGGAAUCGGAAGGAGAGUGGCCUCAGCAAACACAACCUGUCCACACAGGAGAUUUCUCAGUGGAUGUUUACUCAUAUUGCUGUUGUUCGGGACUUGGUAGAUACACAGUAUAAAGAAUAUCAGGAGCGUCAGCAAAAUGCCCUGAAAUACGUGACAGAGGAGUGGGGUCAAAUCGAGUACGAGCUGCUGCGGGAAAGAGGUUUGUGGGGUCCUCCCAUUGGCUCCCAUCUGGACAAGUGGAUGCUGGAGAUGACGGAAGGGCCUUGCAGAAUGAGGAAAAAAAUGGUCCGCAAUGACAUGUUUUACAACCACUACCCUUAUGUGCCAGAAAUUGAACAAGAGACAAAUGUGUUGUCUGCCACCCCAAGUAAGCAGCUUGACCCUCCUGAUGAUACCAUUCCUCAAAAGAAGCCUGCUCGAUAUCGGAGGGCAGUCAGCUAUGACAGCAAGGAGUACUACAUGCGACUGGCUUCGGGAAAUCCAGCCUUUGUCCAGGAUGCCAUCGUAGAAAGUUCUGAAGGCGAGUCUGCACAGCAGGAGCCGGAGCACGGAGAAGACACCAUCGCCAAAGUUAAAGGUCUGGUUAAACCUCCUCUGAAAAGAUCUCGUUCUGCCCCUGACGGGGGGGAUGAAGAAAACCAAGAACAACUACAGGACCAGAUAGCUGAGGGCAGCUCCAUAGAAGAGGACGAGAAAACAGAUAAUGCAACAUUACUUCGCCUGCUGGAAGAGGGGGAGAAGAUUCAGCACAUGUAUCGCUGUGCUCGAGUCCAAGGCCUGGAUACCAGCGAAGGCCUCCUUCUUUUUGGUAAAGAGCAUUUCUACGUGAUUGAUGGGUUUACAAUGACAGCAACCAGGGAGAUUCGGGAUAUUGAGACUCUGCCUCCAAACAUGCAUGAGCCAAUUAUUCCAAGAGGGGCAAGACAAGGUCCCAGUCAACUCAGAAGGUCCUGCAGCAUUUUUGCAUAUGAGGAUAUCAAGGAAGUUCAUAAAAGGAGGUAUCUGUUGCAGCCUAUUGCUGUGGAAGUUUUCUCAGGAGAUGGACGGAAUUAUCUUCUUGCUUUUCAGAAAGGAGUUAGAAACAAAGUCUACCAGAGAUUUUUGGCUGUUGUGCCGUCUUUGACAGACAGUUCAGAAUCUGUGUCUGGGCAGCGACCAAACACUAGUGUGGAACAAGGGUCUGGGUUGCUUAGCACUUUAGUAGGUGAGAAGUCUGUAACACAGAGAUGGGAGAGAGGGGAAAUCAGCAAUUUCCAGUACCUGAUGCACUUGAACACCUUGGCUGGCAGAUCUUACAAUGACCUCAUGCAGUACCCAGUCUUCCCCUGGGUCCUAGCAGACUAUGACUCCCAGGAAGUUGACCUCACUAAUCCCAAGACAUUCAGAAACCUAGCCAAGCCUAUGGGAGCACAGACAGAUGAAAGAUUAACUCAAUACAAGAAGCGUUAUAGAGACUGGGAAGAUCCUAAUGGAGAAACCCCGGCGUACCAUUAUGGCACCCACUACUCUUCUGCGAUGAUCGUAGCCUCCUACCUUGUUCGGAUGGAGCCUUUUACCCAGAUCUUCCUGAGACUUCAGGGUGGCCACUUUGACCUGGCUGACCGAAUGUUUCACAGUGUGCGAGAAGCCUGGUACUCUGCUUCAAAGCACAACAUGGCGGACGUGAAAGAACUCAUCCCAGAAUUCUUUUACCUCCCAGAGUUCCUUCUCAACUCGAACAACUUUGAUCUAGGCUGCAAACAGAAUGGCACCAAGCUUGGAAAUGUGAUACUUCCACCGUGGGCAAAAGGAGACCCUCGAGAAUUCAUCCGAGUCCAUCGAGAGGCUUUGGAAUGUGAUUAUGUGAGUGCCCACCUGCACGAAUGGAUCGACUUAAUCUUUGGCUAUAAACAGCAAGGCCCUGCUGCGGUAGAAGCUGUAAAUGUCUUCCAUCACCUCUUUUAUGAGGGUCAAGUGGAUAUCUACAACAUAAAUGACCCAUUAAAAGAGACAGCUACCAUAGGAUUCAUUAAUAACUUUGGACAGAUACCAAAACAGCUCUUUAAAAAGCCUCAUCCACCAAAGCGAGUGAGGAGUCGUCUCAAUGGGGACAAUUCUGGGGUCUCUGUCCUGCCGGGGUCUACGAGUGACAAGAUCUUUUUUCAUCAUUUAGACAACCUGCGGCCUUCCCUUGCGCCCGUCAAAGAACUGAAAGAGCCCGUGGGACAAAUUGUGUGCACAGAUAAAGGUAUUCUGGCUGUGGAGCAGAAUAAAGUCCUCAUUCCACCUGCCUGGAACAAAACUUUUGCUUGGGGCUAUGCGGAUCUCAGCUGCAGACUGGGAACCUACGAGUCAGACAAGGCAGUAACUGUUUAUGAAUGUCUGUCAGAGUGGGGACAGAUUCUCUGUGCGAUCUGCCCAAGCCCCAAGCUCGUCAUCACGGGAGGAAUAAGCACUGUUGUAUGUGUGUGGGAAAUGGGGACCUCCAAAGAAAAGGCCAAAAUGCUCACGCUCAAACAGGCAUUGCUCGGCCACACAGAUACUGUUACCUGUUCUACAGCCUCAUUAGCCUAUCAUAUAAUCGUCAGCGGGUCACGUGAUCGAACCUGCAUCAUCUGGGAUUUGAACAAACUGUCAUUUUUAACUCAACUGAGGGGUCACCGAGCUCCUGUUUCAGCUCUUUGUAUCAAUGAAUUAACAGGGGACAUAGUAUCUUGUGCUGGCACAUAUAUCCAUGUUUGGAGUAUUAAUGGGAACCCUAUCGUGAGUGUUAACACAUUCACUGGCCGAAGUCAGCAGAUAAUGUGUUGCUGCAUGUCAGAGAUGAAUGAAUGGGACACCCAAAAUGUCAUUGUAACAGGACAUUCAGAUGGCGUGGUCCGGUUUUGGAGGAUGGAGUUUUUACAAGUUCCUGAAACACCAGCUCCUGAGCCCGCCGAAGACCUGGAAAUGCAAGAAGACUGUCCAGAAGCACAAAUAGGGCAGGAAGGCCAAGACGAGGACAGCAGUGACUCAGAAGCUGAGGAGCAGAGCGUCGUCCAAGACCCCAAAGAGCCUCCCAGUCAGCCAGGCAGUGUAAGCCACCGGCCAAGAGCGCCAUCUUGUCGAGCGGCAGCAGCGUGGUCGGCUGACAGUGGCUCGGAUGACUCCAGGCGCUGGUCAGACCAGCUCAGUUUGGAUGAGAAAGACGGCUUCAUUUUUGUAAACUAUUCGGAAGGACAGACCAGAGUCCAUCUUCAGGGUCCUCUUAACCACCCCCACCCGUAUCCUGUUGAUGUGCGGCAUUAUAACAACCUUAAACCUGGAUACAGGUGGGAGCGGCAGCUGGUGUUCAGGAGCAAAUUAACUAUGCACACGGCGUUUGAUCGGAAAGACAACGCUCACCCAGCCGAGAUCACCGCCCUGGGCAUCUCCAAGGAUCACAGCAGGAUCCUCGUUGGUGACAGUCGAGGCCGAGUUUUCAGCUGGUCUGUGAGCGACCAGCCGGGCCGCUCUGCUGCUGACCAUUGGGUGAAAGAUGAAGGAGGAGACAGCUGCUCAGGCUGCUCGGUUCGAUUCUCCCUCACAGAAAGGAGACACCACUGCAGGAGCUGUGGUCAGCUCUUCUGCCAGAAGUGCAGCCGAUUUCAGUCUGAAAUCAAACGUUUGAAAAUCUCAUCUCCUGUGCGUGUUUGUCAGAACUGUUAUUACAACCUACAGCAUGAGCGGUGCCCAGAAGAUGGGCCCAAAAACUGCUGAGGCUUCAACGGGCCCACGGGAAACAAAGGUGCGCGGACCCCUUGCUCAGCCCCAACCCUUGCUUGGAAUGUCUUGGGCAGUGAGCUUGGAGAGCUUUGAAACCGUCUCUGUUUACACGUCUCUUCAUACUGUGUGUUGGAAGUGCUGAGUCUAAGCAGGACCAGUGAGUUAAAGGGGCGCAGGAGAUGGUAACGGAGGUCGGCCCUUUUGGGGGGAGCAACUCCAGGAGGCUGUGAGGUGGCCCAGCAGUAGACUUUUGUCAGUCCCCAGUUCUCCCUGUUAAGAGUGGCUGUGGAAAAGGAAGAAAAUCCUGCCUCACCUAACCAUCUUUUCUUGUAUCUUGUUUUUGUAGAACUGCUCAACCUCGUUUUGAAAAACAAGAAAAGGCUUUUUAGAAGAUAGUUGUAAAUCUGCCUUCUUUGCAAGCAACUGUGUAUAUUGUAAAUACCUAUAAUGGCCUUUUUAUCUAAAUACAAACUUAAUUAACAGCCUGUAACAUGGGACUUCAGACUAAACCACUAAUUUAAUGAACUACUUAAGAGUUUAUCCGGCAUCUCUCAUCUAUCAACUUAAUUAUGAAUAUGCUUAAAAAAAAUCCUCCUCCAAGGCAUUAUCUAUGGGCUUUUUUCUCCUUUCAGAUUCUACCUAUGCAUGUGCGUCUUUUCUUUCAGUUGCCCACGGCAUCGUCACUUAAACUAGGCUAGUCACCAAAAUAAUUUGGCCCUUCUUUGUAAGCAGACAGUGUGGGAGAAGAUUAUUCUAGUUGUAAGAUAACCAGGAAUUAUCACAAUUUUCUUGACAUUUUAUACCUGGCUACUUACCACUUCAUUGUUGUUCAUAUGUAAUAAGGUCUCUUUUAUACAUAUAUUGGGGCUGCUGUUUGGGUCAUAGUGUAACUUCUUAGCAUUUAAUAAUCAAUCCGCUGAUUCAUGCAGUGCAGGAACCAGCCCAGACCUCCUUAAACCAAUGGAAAUAUGCUUGCAUGUAACUCAGAGCUAGUUUCUCUUGCAUAAAGUAUAAGCACGCGUCUUUGGUGACUGGCUUAUUUAAAAAAAAAAAAAAACUGUACAGAAUUAAAAUAUAACCCUUGAUGUGUAACUGGAUAGCGUCAGGACUACUUGAGGUCACCUCUACCAUUCAAUACCAUCUACCUGAAAACAGUACAAUUUAUACUAUAUCAAUGUCUAUUUUUUGUUUUACUAUGAAUAUAAUUGCAAUAUUUUUAAUAUUCAGUUGUUUAAUUUUGCACCGUAAGUAGAACAGAGUAAAUCCACCUAUAGGGAUUAAAGCUGGUGAAGGGCCUACAGGUAGAUAAUAGGAAAGAGGCUUUGGUACUGGUAUUUUUUUUAAUGUGUGUUGAGAGAGAAAGAGAGAGAGUAAUCUAGAUUUUAACAUUUUUCAAACACAUAGUAAUUCUAAAAAGGCCUGUUAUUUUUUAAAUAUAGAAAAGUUAAUGGCCUUAAAAUAAGAAAGAAGGGCCUUCGUAAGGAGCAUGUGUUAAUGCGUUACACAAAAGCCAGUUCUGAAUUAAAUUCACAACCCUUCAUCUUGUAGCCCUGGUGAUGGACAUUCAUCCACUUCAAUGCACAUGCAUUAAAUAUUACAUAUUACACACUCAUUGGUGUGUAAUUCUGUUCUUGUUGUACCCAGUGGACUAGAGCCAAGUAAGUAAAGGACAGAUUUGUUCUUCCUCCUGGUGUCAAGGCACUGGAGUACCUUACGCUUAGGGAAAAUUGAAUCUUUGUUUACCUGUGUUUGAAUCUACAAUCCAAUUAUGGCCUCAUAUUCAAUAAAACUUAUUAAAGCAUUUGCAUAUUUAAGAGAAA